GCGCGGUAUCUAAUCUUUGACUUGUAAGUAAUCAGCAAAAAUCAUCUAUUCAACUGACUGAUUGUUAAAUUAUUUAUAUUUUCUUUAUUCCAACAAUUUGUUCCGAUUCAAUUUUGUGUCCAACUAUGGCUUUAUCAGAGACUGAUGACCAACUUACAAUAGUUAAUCGAUCAUUGGAAUAUCGAAUCAACAAAAAACUGAUUCGUAAAGUGCCUUAUUUUGAAAAGAUGCUGAACCUUGGUUUAAAAGAAUCAAAGGAAAACAAAGUCGUAUUGGAUUUUGAAACAAAGGCAUUCAAAUCAAUCCUCAGUUGGAUCGAAAUCGGACUUAUCCUCAUCGAGAUGGAUUGUGUAAUAAAUAUUUGUAUCAUAGCUGACUAUUUCGGUUUAAGUGAUUGUUUGAUAGACGAUUGCUUUACAUAUUUCCAUGAUAAUUUUUCAAUUGAGUAUCUUCCGGUUAUUAUACCUCAAGUGACUUCAACAUCUAAGUUGAUCAACUCUGGUACUCUUAAUGCUUUCAUUUGUCGUUAUUUCAACAAAAUUGUGAACUCACCUGUUUGGUUGCAUUAUCCUGUUGAAACAAUCCGAUAUAUUUGUGCUUUGGAUUUGAUGAUUCACUCAGAGUAUCAAGUUUUCGACGCUAUCAUGCAUUGGGCGAAUUUCAAGGCUGAUUCUAGAAAGUGCUAUCUUAAGGAACUGUUAAAGUUGGUUCGUUUCUGCCAUAUGGAAGAUAAGGAUUUAUCGAAAAUCAAAGAAAAUGAAUUUUUCAGAUCUUCCGGUCUUGAACCAGAAUUAUGCAAACCUAAUUGUAAUUGUAAUAUCGACCGAACUAAGCAAGGUUGUUUUGUCAUUAUUGUAGAAUUGAGUGACAAAAAUUUGCGAUUUGAAAUAUUUGACAGUGACUUCAGGCCAUUGGUUAAUCAAGUAAUGCAACCAGAUGAAUCUAUGCCUUUGUUUAUUCUUCAUAAUGAACAUGUUUCAGAUAUAUCAUUUGAUUCUGGAAGGAAAAUUAUACGUAUUGAUUGGAAGCAGAAUACAUAUCGUUUGCUUGAUUUUUCAGCUUAUAGAUCGUAUCAUCACGUAAUCCAUCGAUGCAUUUAUGAAGCGCAGCAAGCAAGUGCGAAUUGUUGUGUGCAGACUGAUUACGGUGCAAGUUUAGAAUAUGAAUUUUCAUUUCUCGAAGCUAACGAGAAGUGCAUUCUUGUUCGUAACGAUUCUUGCUAUUUCCGCGGUUGGAAGAAUCCAUCUACUAGAUAUAUUAAUUAUUUAUAUGAUGAUAAUAGACAUACUUACCUGGCAACUAUUUUGGAUAAUAUUAUUUAUAUGUUAAACGGCAGUUUUGAAUUUUUCCAGUUCAACAUUGACCGUGAUCUAGAGUUUAAAAAGAUUAAACUUCAAAGCUUUGAAGAAAAUUUGAAAUUCAGUAAUUUAGUUUUAACAUCCAAGCAAGCUAAUGAUGAUAGAGUUCUUUUGAUUGAUAAGACCACAAAAGAUGUUCUUUGUUUCAAUGUCAGCACUCAACAAUGGAAACCAGUCGGUCGAAUUAUUGAUCGUAAAGGCAAAUCGACGGAUAGUCAAAAGGAAUCUAAUGUUCUUAAAGCUUUUACCUUUGGAUUUUUAUCAACGGAUUCGAUCAACCUUUGCUUGGAACGUAUUCUCUACGCUGUAAAAUGACGUUCAUUUGACAUAAACGAGUACACUGAAUUGAUAUUCUUGUUCGAUGCCAGCUUCAUGUAACCUGAUUCAAACGUUAACAUUCAUUCGAUAUAUUCGAAUUGAAUCGACCAUGCAUAUGAGCCGUACUUUGAUUUCUUUCUUUAUGUUUCUAUUCAUUUCAUUAAAGAACUUUGUUCACGACGAA